CCUACAAGUUAGUCAUGUCUCUAAACACUAUCACUGUGGUCAGGAGUGUCAUGUACAGACUGAAAGUAUUUUCUGUCCAAAGCUCCUCCUCCUGUCAGUCUCUCUCAGUUUCAGUGUUGUAUUAAAUUGCUCGUCCAGCACCUCCUCUCCUCAUCCUCCAAAGCCUCUAAUCUGUCAGCAGUGAGCUCACUUUCCAAGUUACAAGGCCAUUCUCAGCACACACUGACAACAUGCUGGGGACCCUCUGCUCUCUCAUCACUGCUCUAACAUAUGUUGAUGCAGUGAUCGUGCUGACCCAGACGCCUGCUGUCCACACAGUUUCUCCAGGACAAGAGGUUGUUCUCAACUGCAACAUUCAGAGAUAUGAUGGCUACUAUGUCAGUUGGUAUAAACAUGUUCCUGGUGAAGCUUCUCAGUAUGUCCUGAGGUUUUACUACAGCCACAGUUCACCAGAUAACUAUGGAUCAGGAUUCUCCUCAGACCGAUUCAACUCUAAAGCCACAUCAAGCAUACAUUACCAGUUCAUCAUAAAGCAGGCAGAAGCAGGAGACUCUGCUGUUUAUUACUGUCUAACAUGGGACAACUCUGCUAAGGAGUGGGUAUUCGGACAAGGCACCAAGCUGAUUGUGACAAGCUCCAGCCUCCCUGCUCCUGUCCUGACGGUCUUGCCUCCGUCCAGAGCUGAGCUCCAGUCCAACAAAGCCUCUCUGGUCUGUCUGUCCAGUUUGCCCAGUGGCUCUAAAGGUUUUGCAGAUGUGAGCUGGUUGGCUGCUGGGAGUCCAGUGAGCAGUGGGAUCUCUACCAGCACGCCUGUUCAGAAAGCAGACCACACUUUCCAAAUCAGCAGCUAUCUGGACAUCCAGGCAUCAGACUGGAACAUGAAUAAGGUUUACACAUGUAAAGUGUCUUUGGGCUCCAAAACUUCAGAGAAAACCAUCAACAAGUCAGGCUGUCCCACUGCAGAACAGUAGAGGAGCAGAAUGACCAUUUCAGAUGUGCUUCUUUACUGUUUGUGCUGUUUGCUCAUCACAAGGUUUCCAUGUUAGAAAAGAUGUGUCUGCAUGCUUGUAAUAAAUGUAGUGACAGUUAGGUGGAGGUGUUGUAUCAGCUUUGCAACUGCUGCCUUUUUCAAGACUCAUUCAAUAAAAAACAUUCUG